GAUGCGGAUAUGACGCGGGGAGGGGUGGAGGAGGAGGGAGGAGGGAAGCAGAGGGGCGCGAGGGCCGAGAGUCCAUCUGGUGUGCGAUUCGGAGGUGGUUGUGUUGGGCAUGCUGCCGCGUCGGUGGAAGAGACGGAGAGAGGGGAGGGGAAUUGUGGCGGAAAAGGGGCGUUUGAUGGCCAUGAUGACGUGGAGGGUUGCUGUGAUGACGUGGAUGUGUUCAGGAGAUACCGAGCAGAGGCUUUAGCAGCAUCCAGAUUGCAUGCGCGGCUCGCGGCACAGGCUGCCCGGGCGUAUGACCGCGGCGAUCAUGCAGCUGCCCGAAAACUUUCUUGCACUUCCCGGGAGGAGAAAGAGCGCGCUGAGAAGCUUCACACAGAAGCUGCUUGGAAGAUUCUGGCAGACAGGAACAAGGGCAGGUCUAUCUGGGAGCUGGAUCUGCAUGGGCUGUUACCAGGGGAGGCUGUACUUGCACUCGAGCAGAGGCUGAAACAGCUGGAGAUGGCUCAAGGGGCUGUGCCUACUGUUAGUGAGAGUGUUGCAGGAAGGGACACGUCAGCAGGGGAUCACAUGGGGAGAGAUGGUGUGGAUGGUGUGGUUCUCCCUGCUAAGGUGCUGUCCUCGGCGCGACCAGAGCUCAUGGUUAUCACAGGUAUUCCUACAGGGAUGCCAGGGCUGGUGUGAUAGGUGUGAGACCUAGGCUUUUGAUGCACAACUGAAGUAAUUACGGUUGUAAAUGAAGUGCAGGGCUGGUGUAUAUUUAUGUCAUGUUUAUCUGUGCUGUCAAGUUCUUGCAGCGAGAUCCAUGUUUGGCCUGCGUCACCUCAGCCAAAAUGGAUGGUUGCGACUUGCGAUCGAUUAUGAAACCCUU